ACAUGAUUUAUUAAUUAAUAUUCGAUAAAAAUGCUUUUAACAAUUUAACUGUAAUUUACUAUUUUUGUUAUUAGUUUCGAAAAUGAGUGUAAAUCAGUCACCGUCUCGUCCUGGAGAAGCUGCUUUACAAAAUAUGCAAAUCCUCAAAAGCGAGAGUUCUGUUUUCAAAGUCCCUAAAGUACCAAUAAAGAAAAAUGCAAGAAAAGCUCAAGUUUUAGAUGAAGAAGAAUAUGUUGAGGGUAUAUCAAAAAUAAUUCAAAGAGACUUCUUUCCUGACUUAGAAAAGUUGAAGGCACAAAAUGAUUACUUAGAGGCCACUGAAAAUAAAGACUUUGCAAGACUUCGUGAAAUUGCAAGAAAAUAUAGUGGUAGUAGACCACCCACAGAACCUUAUAAUUCACCAGCGACAUUUGACACACCAGGAGUGGACCGGCCUCGAUCACCAUCAGAAAGGGACUUGAGACCCCCUGAUACAAGCUCUGACAACAAAUUAACAGAUAUAACAGAUAAUCAUACCCUAGAUUCAUUCCUUGCAAGUCAUACAAGUGAGGACAAUGCUAGUUAUGAUCGUGUGAUAGCAUUAGAGAACAAAAAAAAAGCAACUAAAUUGGCCUCACAGUUUGAAGCGGAGAUUUUAUCGAAAGCACUUGUUGACUCAGCACUAGCACUACCAUCAAUUGAACAACAGGCUGACCAGAUGGAAAGACCAUAUGAGCUAGAUACGUGGCGGUAUCGGGCUAAAAACUACAUAAUGUAUGUCCCAGAUGGGGCUGAGUCACAGAAGCCUAGCGCAAAGCCAGAAUUACAGUAUCAUAAUACUAAACUACAAACUCAGCCGUUUGAUUAUGUUAAAAAUCAGGAAGCAAUCAGUGCUAUAGCAAGAACACAGGGCUCCAACGACAAAGGCAAGAUAGGCGUAGACGGUGUGAGUAUAUCGGGGGAUAAACCUCCGACAGCCUACGAAUUGUUAGCAACGCCUUCCCCGAGACCUGGUGUAGGACCAGACCAAUCACCGCUCAUGACCUGGGGAGAGAUCGAGGGUACACCUUUCAGACUCGACGGAGGGGACACCCCGUUACCUGCUGUUGGGGCGGGUGCAGCAUACCGGAUCCUCGAAGGUGGCGCUCGGGAGAGAAUAGCGAUGCAGCUUGCUGAACAAGUGGCUAAGCGCAGGAGACCAACCACGCCCCGACGAACGCCAACACCACAGAGUUUCAGAACGAACACGGAGCGUUUAGCGAGUAUGUCACCGGCUGCAAGAAAACUCGCGGCUAAACAUUUACUUUCACCCAGAUUGAAACUCACUCCCAACGAUAUGGGUAUCUCGCACCCGUCAAAAACACCGACGCCCAGACGACCCCUUGUGGCAACACCGGUUCAAGAUACAGGCAACUCUGAUAACAUCACAGAUAAUCUAUUGCAAAUAAAUGUCUCCAAACGGAGCCGGUUAAAGGCUCAAGAUUUCUUCAUUUAACUGUGUAUUAAUAUAUUUAUCUUUUAAA